AUGUAUCAGGGCCUCGCUCCAACACUCAUCUACCUCACGCUCCCACGCCACGUCUCUCUCUCACUCCACGAGGACGCAGUGUCAAAGUGCGACCCCCCAAGCAGCGCGGUCGGACCGCUCACGUUCAUGCGAACAGUACCUCUGUUAGUUCGAACGCCACUCACCCGAUACAGAAGACUGAACUUCAUGCAUACGAAUUCCACCUCUGUGGAUUUCACUCACGUAUACUGCAGGCAGAACUCAAUUCGUAUGGGCGCCAGCUCCCAAACACAGCAAGAACAGAAGUCUGUUCAUGAGAACGCCGCUGCUUCCAUGUGCGGCCACACAGAAGGUAGAACUUCAAGGGAAUCAAAGGGUGCGCGUGCGCCGACCCAGAGCCUUUUAAAGUUACAGGAUGUGGAGACCGGGGUGAAACCUUAA